UCUUUUUUUUUUUUUUUUUGUACAGGAAAUGCGACUGCCGGAGGGCGUAUAUCCGGCAGUGUGAGCGGAUUGGGUGGUAGUUGGAGAGAUUAUCAAGAAACUGAGGGAAGACUGGGAUAUCAAAAUGGAGUGUCGACAGAUUCUACUUUGCUUGGCACUCUAUGUGGUGUGUACUCUGAGCAAACCCACUGAGAAGAAGGACCGCGUUCACCACGACCCCCAGCUCAGUGACAAAGUGCACAAUGAUGGCGAGAACUUUGACUAUGAUCACGAUGCCUUCCUGGGAGCAGAGGAUGCCAAAACCUUUGACCAGCUCACCCCAGAGGAGAGCAAGGAAAGGCUUGGCAAGAUAGUAAAUAAAAUAGAUGAAGACAAAGACGGGUUUGUAACCGCAGAGGAGCUGAAAAAUUGGAUAAAACUUUCGCAAAAGCGCUGGAUUUACGAAGACGUAGACCGCCAGUGGAAGGGGCACGACCUUAACGAGGACGGCCUCAUAUCCUGGGAGGAAUACAAAAAUGCCACUUACGGCUACAUUCUAGAUGACCCAGACCCUGAAGAUGGUUUCAACUACAAACAGAUGAUGACGAGGGAUGAGAGGCGUUUCAAAUUGGCAGACAAGGAUGGCAACCUGAUUGCCACCAAAGAAGAAUUCACAGCUUUCCUGCACCCAGAAGAGUAUGACUACAUGAAGGAUAUUGUAGUUCUGGAAACCAUGGAAGAUAUCGAUAAGAAUGGAGAUGGUUUUAUUGAUCUAGAAGAGUAUAUUGGGGACAUGUAUAGUCAUGAAGGAGACCCUCAGGAGCCUGAGUGGGUAAAAAGUGAGAGGGAACAGUUUGUGGAGUUCAGAGACAAAAAUAAAGAUGGUAAGAUGGACAAAGAGGAGACCAAGGACUGGAUUCUGCCUUCAGACUACGACCAUGCAGAAGCUGAGGCAAAGCACCUUGUUUACGAAUCUGACCAGGACAAGGAUGGCAAACUCACCAAAGAAGAAGUAGUAAAUAAAUAUGACUUGUUUGUUGGAAGUCAAGCAACUGAUUUUGGAGAGGCCUUAGUACGGCAUGAUGAGUUUUAAAGCUUUUGUUAGUUAUUACUUGAACCAGUUUCUUAGAUAAUUUAUUUUAUAUGGCUUCCAUUUAACACAUUCUCUUUCCCAAGACUGUUGGUUUAUUUUUGUAGAGAUUAGGGACAGAUGGGGUCCUGCCCCACAAACAUCACUGCAGGGCAUAAUUAUGACACUGUUACCUUUUUCACUCUCCUCCAUAUUUUAGCCCUUUUUUAUUUUUGUAUUUUGAUUUGCGAUUUGAAGAAUGCUUAUUUCUUUACACUGAGUAUUUAGUUAAGUGUAAUUCAAGGAAUAUUUAAUGGUCAGUGUUUUGGCAUACAACAACUGUUUGGAGGAGAGAAUAAUUUACCAUUUGUCUUUGCACACACACUGGUAAUGUACUCUUCAACAGAGCAUACGCUUUCAGCCAUUGCAAUUAUUUCCUUAGAUAGUCUGAACCUGUAAUGAAAUUCAUAACCAAGCCUAUGUGAGAUAACCAGCACAGAUUUAUUGAAUUUUUGAAAACAAAAGGCCAAAUUAACAUUUGGCAGGUCCUGUGUUUUUAGCUUGUUAAACAGCUGUUAAUUUUCACUACACUACAUUUGUCCAGAAACGUUUAUAUAUUUUGUUAUGGAUAUAGGAAUAUUGGAAAGAAAAUUGAAUAAAAAGUAUGCCUCGGUUAUCUUUAACUGUAAUGCUGCUGCUUCAGGUUGUACAUGUGCAAGGGUGUAUCUGGUGAAUGGCAGUUUGCUUUGUACUUCUAAGCAACUUUGGAUUUACCUUUUUUGAGUGUUGCCUUAAAAGCAGUUUAAAAUGUGUAUAAACCCUAUAAUAUGUGCAUUGUAAAGUAAUUGCUAAUGUUUCUCAAGAACAUUCUAUUGGGAGAUCUACUACGGAUCAGGUGAAGGCAAUACUAGUCCAAUUUAGAAUUUAAGGCCCUGGUUGGAAGAAUGGCAGAAAUGGAACCCAUUACCCAGUUCCAUUAUUUUAAGGGUCAUGUAAAAAUUAUAAUAAUAAAUAACUACCACUGUAUUCUUGGAACAUUUUGUAGGUCAUAAUUUGUAUUCCACUCUACCAUAUAAAAAUUAUAAUUAAUCAAAAUUAUGAGUUUUAUGAAAGGUGGGUACAGUACAGAUCCAUAUUGAAUUGUAACCGGAACUGUUGCUGUUGAUCAAAGUUUGAAACCAUAUGUAAGUAUUUGAUGCAGAUUUUUUAAAUGACUUGCUACUGCUAUUUCUUAGUAACUUGUGGUACAAAGGACAUCUAAGAAAUUGUACCACACACUUUGAAAAAUAUUGCAUGAACACUUUUUUUAUUCUUUAAGCUGUUUGAAUUGUAUGUAAUGCUAAAUGGACAGUUCUGUUUCUCAAUAAUAAACAUUUUUAAUAAAA